ACAACAAUAAAAAAAUAUUCUAACUCAGUAAAGCAGACGAGAGAUCUGAACACGAAAGUGCUCCUGAGAUUAAACUGUGUCAAAAGGAUAUAUAGGUUUCUUUGUGAGUAGUUCAAAAAGUCGUCGGGCCCUCGGAGAAAAAGGGACUUGUUUUAUGUGAAAUAUUUUCAUUUAGAACAUAUUUAAGUUAUACAUCAGAAGGUUGAGGUAGAUCAAGAUUUGGUAGUGAUUCUACCCCGGGUGGAUGGUGGAUUAACUGAAUAUGGUGUAACGUAUCUGGGAUACGACUAGAUAUCUGUGUGGCGAAUAACUGUUAAGAGGCUCCCUGCACUGUGACACACAUUUGGAGAAAUGUUCUCACGGGCCAAGUGUUAUAUUGUAUUUCGCUGUGUGGAUGUUUUUAUUGGAGUUUUAUCUCUGUAUAUAUAUACUAGGGGAUUUCAAACAUUUUGUAGGCGGAUAUGUUUAUCAAACAUAACUCUGGAGUGAGAUUACUGACGUGGACACAGAAGCAUUAGGAAACAUUAAGAAGAUUUAAAUACUUUCUGAAGUAUAUUUCUAAAGGACAAAUUUGUUGGCUGUUUCCCAAGGGAUUUUUACACUGUGCUUCACCUGGACUUCUUUCAAAGGAAUAACAUCAUCUUCGCUGCCAUCAUACCGCGUGCUGUUUCACGUGUCUUGUCGCUUUUAGAUUGGUCUUAACAAAACGAAGCAGCAUUUGUUUUCCACCGACAUUAAUUCAGAAGGAUUUCACAUUAUUUACGUAAGGACUUGAAAGGAUUUUACAUUUGGCUUCACACAACGAAUGUGGUUGUUGUUUUUCCACUGACGUUAAUUCAGAAAGAUUUCAAAAUAUCUACGCAAAGAUUGUGAAGAUUUUGACGUGAAAUCUUUCCAAAAAUUGGUUUUAAUUUGCGUACAUCAGGUUAACCUGGUAUAUUUGCUGUAGCCUCUUCUGUAAAGAGAUAGAGUUUUGGCACGAACUCUUCUGCAAAGAGGUAGAAUUUUGGAAUGAGCUCUUCUGAAAAGAGGUAGAAUCUUGGCGCAGAAUCUACGACCAGCAUUCACCUUUGCCAAUUAGCAUCACCAAGAGUCCAUCUCUCGCUCUGUGUUCUCGGACGCGAUAGUUCGCUGACCCCCGGGGAUACAUCUUAUACCUACUUGCUCAAGGAAGACAAGGAACUGGAAUACUUAUUGGCUUAGCUGUAUCUGCCCCGUCUCCGGUGUGAACUUUGAUGGCCGAAUCUACUGUUUAAUUGUUUUCACUGUAUAUUUGGCAAAUCCAAGCAGAAUACUUCCAAGAUGGUCAACUUUGUGGGGCGAGGAAUGCAGGAAUCACUGGUGAGAGGAAACCACGUGACAAUGACGUUCACGAUGACGCCGGCGACGAAGUUGUUACUGCUGCUGUACAUGUCUCUGAGUUUAGCUGUCGUCAGCCUGGAUCCGUGCGAUCCUGAAGGGGGUUACGAAAUAAUUCCAAGUGUCAGAGAAAACCUUCCUGUCUCAUCUGUAAUCCAUUCAUUAAAAAUCCCCGGAAAUCAGAGCGAGGUGGAUCUGGUUGGACAGAACAGCACGUAUUUCCAGUUUGAUCCAGUCUCUAGGAAUAUCACACUGAAAAAAGCACUCGACAGAGAUACGUCAUUUCCGGGAGAGCUCGUCAAAUACUUUGUUAAUUGCAAAGCGAAAAAAGACGCUAACUUCAUUAAGAUCAACUUUCGAGUGGUUGUGCUGGACGUUAAUGACAACGCUCCUAAAUUCACACAAGACCAGUACGAGGUUCACAUCAAAGAGUCCCUGGCUGUGGGCGACUCCAUCAUCACUGGAAUCUCGGCUGUCGACAACGACAGCGGAAAUAAUGGACUCGUCUACUAUUCAGUACUGGACGGCCCGUAUUCCCACUAUUUUGACAUUAUUAACCCCGUGAAGGCUAACCUCAAGUUGAUAAAAAAGUUGGACUAUGAAACGGAAAAUAAUUUUACAAUACAAAUUGUCGCUCAGGACCAGGCAGACCAAGAGUCCCCUCUGAACGACACCGCGUUAGUCACAAUACGAGUGAUCGACGAAGAUGAUAUGCCACCAAAAUUCUCCCGUGCGAGAUACACGGGCACUGUGAUCGAGAAUUCCAAACCGGGCACGGUUGUGGAGAUGGCCGAGCGGAUCGUGGCCUAUGACCAGGACAUCUCAUUCAAUAACUCCGUCGUAUACAGCAUGAUGGCACCAGAUCCGCAGAAUAUGUUUGCAAUUGACAGACUCACGGCAGAGGUCAGGGUGAACAGAACGCCCACUUCCGGUGUCGUCAGUCUCUUUAUACAGGCGACCCAGGUGAACAACAAGCAGCAGAGCGGUGUUUCCGUUCUCAAGAUCCGCGUGAUCGAAUCCAACAUGAACGCCCCGUCGUUCCAGCAGCAGCUGUACACGGUCACGGUUCCCGAGAACACGCCCGUCGGAACCACAGUGCUCAAGGUCACGGCCACUGAUAAAGACUACGGAGCAAAUAUCUUUUAUGGAAUAGACACGCAGAACACGUUCAAAAUGGACGAAAACAGUGGAUUUAUCGUGGUGAAACAACCACUGGACUACGAGGGCCAGAAGAGAUAUGACCUACAAGUUACCGCCACUGAUGGCAUGUCUACGGCGUACGCUGUCGUAGAAAUUCUGAUCGCCGACGUCAACGACAACAACCCCGUCAUUAAAUACCAGGAGGUCGAUGUGUCCGUGCAGCGAGAACUGGGAACCGUCAUUACGCAGAUAGAGGCUCAAGACUUGGACAACAACACAUUGCUGACAUAUUCACUGCUGGCGCAUUACAAUAUUUUCGGCAUCGACUCUGCCGGCUAUAUCACGAUCAUCAACGCUGACAACAUCGAUGAAGACGUCUACGUCCUCGCUGUGACAGUGACCGACAACGGCAACCCACCGCGACAAUCAGUGGCCACCGUCACCGUCAGGUUCCCGCCACUGCCGAGGCCAGCGCCCGUUGCCAUGGCAGGGGGCGGAAGUGACAUCCUAGCUAUUGCAUUCGGCGUCAUCGCCGCCAUCUUGUUAAUCACCGUCACGAUUCUCGUUAUAUACAUCAUCAGAAGACGACAGCAGGCGAAUCAGCCGUUGGACAAGGCGAAAAUCAACUACGGCCUUGACCCUAAAGGUCUUCUGUACCACAAAAACAUGGGCUCGCGCAGCGCCUCGCGCGUCAACCUCAACUUCCGGGGAGACCACGAGGAGACGACCGACGGUUACACGACAAUCGCCACGAACCCCUUCACCAUUGGGCAGACGGCGUUCCGCGGCGGCGGCGGCCACGACGACAACUGCAACUACGGCUUCUUGCCGAACGACAAGUCGGAGACGAACCGAGACGUCGACGAGAUUCAGAUCGAGACAGCGGUGAUCCCGUACGGGCCAGGGGCAGACGACUCGUUCUACCAUUCAGUCCGUGAUGGCUUCCCGCAGCCGGAGGACGAGGACGACAGUUUCCAGGACAAACUAAACCACUCGUUCGCCAACGGCUCGCUGAGCACGUUCAAGAACUCCAGCAGCAACGAAAGUCUGCACAGCGACGGCGCCGGCUCCAAGACCAUGCUGAUGAACAGCAGAGUUGUUGACGGGAAGAAACCCAUGGGAGGCAAGAACAUACCGUGGAACAGCAACGGGCAUCUAGCGUCUAUGAAGUCUGUGCAUAGUAUAGACCCAAACACGGGGGUGGCCCCCAUGGAUGAGAAGCCAGAAAUCACAGUAUACUUCUAACAAAUCACUUGAUGUUUAUCAUGUCUGUUGUGUGCAUGAACGAAUUGAAUGUGAUAUGAUGUGAUAAACAGGUAUGACACGUGAACAUGUUUACCAUUUCUUCACAGUUCAAACACUUCUUAUGAUCUUGAAAUGGUCUAUAAUGUAAUAUCAACCAUGAAAAGGAAUGCACACCAUUCUUCGCAGUUCAUCAACGUCUUAUGACCCAGAAAUGGUUUAUAAUGAAUUAGCAAUCAAGGAAAGAAAUUUAUUCCAUUCUUCACAGUUCAUCAACUUCUUAUGAUCCAGAAAUGAUAUAUAAUGUACGCUCGUAGUAUCAAUAAUAAAAGGAAAUGUAUACCAUUAUACAUAGUCCAUCAACGUCUUAUGAUCUAUAGAUGGUCUACAAUGGAAAGGAGUAUGGAAGGAUGUGAUAAAAACUUGGUAAAUAGGAUAAUGGUAUAUGAUAAAAUGUGAUAUGUAUGAAACAGAUAUGAUGUUUCACGGGAACUGAUUUCAUGUAUAAGUGAAUGCUGUGACACAAAUAAAUUAGUUAAUGAAGGAUGUGACAUGCAUCAGGGAAAAGAACUAUGUGCCAUAUAGCAGAAAAAGAUGUGACAAAGAAAAACAAUGAUAUCUGUCUUGGCAGGAUGUGACAUUAAAGCAAGAUCUUUCGUAUAUGAACAUCUCAAUAAAUAUGUGACAUAUAAAGAAAAAUAUGACAUAUAAAAACAUGUGACAUAUAAAAAAUGUGACAUAUAAAUUAAGAUGUUACAGGUUAAACGUGAUCAUUAGAAAAUGUGACACAUCAUACGAUACGACAUAUUGUAUAAGGACAUAUGUGAUGUUUCGCUAAAAUGUAUCAACAUAUGAUACAUCAAUGGAAUAUGCGACAAAGAAUUUUGUGGAGUACAACAGGUAAAGAUGAAUGUGGGAUAUUUAACAAAAACGUAACAUGUAUUAGCACAAGGUGUAAUAUAUAUAAAAGAAAGAGGUGAUAUAAUAUCUCAAGGAAAGACGUAAGAUAUGAAGGAGAUAUGUAACAUCCAAAACAUACACGAAUUACAUCAACUAAAGAUCGCAGAAAUGCUGUAUCUAUCAAGAAAAGUUCAUGGGCGUUAUAUACGAGGCGGAAGCUUGAGAGCUUUACCUCAUAUUCACCACCUCAAGCCAUAGGCGUACGGGCUACCAUUUAUUAUUUGGGGGGGGGGGGGGGGGGGGGGGG